AUGACAUAGCUAAAACCCUCAAAACCCCUGCAAGCAAAAUGACUAUGGCUCAUUGAGUUAGAGAACUCAAUCGGCGAGUUCUUCCUCGUCUUCGAUUGGAUUGGAUUGUUCUCGCGACGACACCGUGAUGUUCCUCGCAAGAAACCUUCAACGGCACUCUGUUAGAGCCCUCACUUUUCUUAUUUCCAGCAAUCCCACACAGAAUGCGAUGCUACUAAGAGGCAAUCCUGUGAAGUGGCAGCCUAUCGACGGGAAUUUUCGGCCAGCGUUUCGCGGAGCUAAAGAGGUGGGGCUGCAGUUUACGUUUAGCAGAAUGUGCAAUCGCUUUGACGGAGCUCGAGGGAUGUCGGGGAAGAGUAUGAGAAGCAAAGUGGAGGCGCGGCUGAUUAAAGAGUCGGGCAAAACGCUAAGGGAACGUCGGAGGGCUAGUAAACUAAGGAAGAAGCUGAUGACUGAAGAGGAACGACUUCUUUACAAUCUAAGAAGAGCAAAGAAGAAAGUGGCGUUGCUUCUUCAGAAGCUGAAAAAAUAUGAGCUUCCAGAGUUGCCGUCCCCAAAGCACGACCCUGAACUUUUGACUCCCGAGCAGCUGCAGUCAUAUAAGAAGAUUGGUUACAAGAAUAGAAAUUAUGUACCUGUUGGUGUUCGUGGUGUUUUUGGAGGAGUUGUCCAAAAUAUGCAUCUUCACUGGAAGUUCCAUGAGACUGUGCAAGUUUGUUGUGAUAAUUUCCCAAAGGAGAAAAUUAAGGAGAUGGCAUCUAUGCUGGCACGGUUGAGUGGUGGUAUUGUGGUUAACAUUCAUAAUGUGAAGACCAUUAUUAUGUUUCGUGGCAGAAACUACCGGCAACCCAAGAAUUUAAUUCCUAUUAACACACUUACAAAAAGGAAGGCAUUGUUUAAAGCUAGAUUCGAGCAAGCACUAGAUUCUCAGAAACUGAACAUAAAAGAAUAUGAACAAAAACUCCGUAAAAAGGGGGUAAAUCCUGAUGACCCAGUGGCCAUGGCUAGCAUCCAACGUGUAGCUUCCACAUUCUUCAAUGCCAUUGACAAGAAAGAAGGAACCCCUUAUGUUUUCCAAGGGGACAAAAGCAAUCAAGUGGGUGCCAGCAUCAGUAACAUAGAACAACAGUCUGAUGAAGAAAGUGAUCAGGAGGAGCUUGACCGCUUUAUAGCUGAGAUAGAAAGGGAAGCUGAUAGGGAAUGGGCUGCUGAGGAAGCAGCAGAGAAGGAAGAACUUGGAAAAAUUAAGUAUUGGAAUCAGGAGGAUUUUGGUGGUCGGUUCAAAAGAUCAGAAAGCAAUGGAAGUGAUGAAUCAGAUAAUGAGAUGGUAGGGAGGACAAGGAACUGGAAUGAUAAACGUGGAAGGAAGGUAGUUCAUGAUGACAGUGAUGAAGAUGGUGAUGGUGAUGUAUCUGAGGAUGAUGACGGAUGGGAUUCUGAUGAUACUAGAGGAACGAGUAAUUAUGAUACUCAUAAUGGAAAGUACAAAAGUCAUGACAAAAGUAGUAAGCAAAACAUACAAAGCUGGCCAAAACAUAAGACUGGUAAGGAUAGGGGUAGGGUUCAAGGAAAUUCCAAUAUAUAUGGUAAACCUAAAUUUGAUGAAAAGAUGUCAGAAGAGCCUGCUUCAGAUGAUAUGCUCAGUGAUCUUGAGAAUGUCAUGUGGGAAUCAGAUGACGGGGAUGAGCAGAGCAUAAAAGAAUCACAUGAUUACCGAACCAAGCAAAUGAAUAAGAAUGAAAGGAAUGGUGGGAAGAAGAGGAAUGUUAGAAAGUUGAAAGGGAUGGAUGAUUGGGACAGUGAUUAGCCAAAGCUCAAUAGGUUCAAUUACCAUUACUAGUAUCAUGUGAAUGCACAUCAAGCAACCUUGUCAGAGGGACUUGAUGGACAAAACACGGUGAACAACAGAACUGAUUUUGUUCACUGGAAACAGAUCAGGAAUAGAGGUUUAUGGAUCACUUGAUUGUGGCUGAGAUGGAUAUUCAUUUCCUUAGAGCUGGAGCAGAAUCUUUUCUGAAGUCAUUCAUUCUCUACAUCUGUGCUGCUUUCUUAUUUAUAUACCGGAAUCUGUAGAAAUGUUAUCUUGGCAGACGGGCUGCUACUAUCUCUGUUUGCUUUUAUGCACUGCCUUGUUUAUACUUGGUGGGUUUGGGUAAAUUCUAUUGAUUAGCGGUUAUAGUGGGUGUGCUGUAAGGGAACAAUAUUGGACACCACAAUGCAUGAAGAGUUUUUAUUUUUUCUGUAAACUUCUUUACCCUUAGAAAUGGAAAUCUUGAUA